AUGAUCUCUUCACGCCUUCUCAACUUGGCUUUGGCCACCACUCUUUUCCCUGCGACCCUUGCCCUGCAGCUCCUGGAGUACAAGGCACUGAAAACGUCACUUGUCUCAAACGUUCUGACCGUUACCUUCCACAACCCAGACUCUCCCAUCAACUUGUGGAACCAGGACACUCAGGACGGUAUCACCGACUUGGUCGAGCGACUCCAGCACGACAACGAAACCAAGGUGGUGAUUUUCAACAGCGAUGUCCCGCGCUUCUUCACCGCCCAUCUCGAUCUCUCUAUGCCCAGCGUAGCCGAACCUACUUUCGCAGCGACAUUCGCGACGCUCAUGUACAACCUCACGACCCUGCGCCAAGUCACCAUCGGCGCCGUGGAGGGACGAGCUCGGGGAGCAGGAAACGAAUUCCUCGUGGCUCUGGACAUGCGCUUUGCGACAAAGAGCGACACCUUUUUCGGCCAGCCAGAAGUCGGCACCGGCCUGUUCCCAGGCGGCGGCGGCAGCCAGUUUCUCCCCGGGCUGAUCGGCCGCGGACGCGCUAUGGAGUACAUCCUCAGCUCCAACGACAUCACAGCGGCCGACGCGGAAAAGAUCGGCUGGAUCAACAAGGCCUUUGACUCUUCGGCCGACAUGUACACCUACAUUGACCAGCUGACGUCUAGGCUCCGGUUGUUCCCCCUGACGGCGCUGUAUGGAGCCAAGAAGUCCAUCAACCGCGCUUCGGCCCCGAGCUACGAGGAUGUGCUCGCGGAUGGGAUCGCGUUCCGUGAGCAGCUGGCGGAUCCCCUUGCACAAGCGGCAGCGCGGCGGUCAGCCGCUCUGCUCAGCAAUCAGUCGCAAUUCGAUGUAGAACUCAAUCUUCCGGCUGUGCUACCCGCACUUUACCAGUAA